GUCGGCGGGUCACGCCCCCUCCCGUGCGGGGCGGGGACGCGUCGUCCUCUCGCCCCCCCCCCCGCCCUACUCUCGCGAGAGCCCGUUUGAAACGGCGGCGGGCGGGCGGGCUGUCGCUGUCAGGCCGGGCCGCCGCCAUGCCGUUCCCGCCGCGCCUGCUCCGCACCUACUCCCGGCGCGGCGGGCAGCUCCGCCGGCUGCCACCGCCCGACCGAUGGAUUUCGCCCCCUCAGGAUCGCAAGCGGUUCUUCAGCUCCACCUCGGCCGGUUCCAGCGGCCUCUCGGCCGGUUCCAGCGGCCUCUCGACCGGCUCCAGCGGACUCUCCGCCCACUCGGAAGACCCCGACUUCUCGCCGCCCGGCAAGCGCUCCCGGCAGCCCCAGGGUAAGCGGCCCGCCCGGCCCUGGCGCCUGCGGACCCGCCGCGGCGGCGGCGCCGCGGGGAAGGAGAACCGUCCGCCGGAUGCGGUGGCCCCCGCCGCCGCCUCCUCCUCCUCCCCGUCCCCGUCCCCCGCCCGCCGCCGCCUCCCCGGUGCGCAGCGGCCCCUGCUGUGCAGCACCCCGCAAUGGCCGCCUCCCGGCAGCGCCCGCCGCCGCCGGCCCCGCCGCCGGGCCCCGCCGGCCGAGCUCAGCUCCCUCGUCCUGUUCAACACCAGCGUGGAGAGCGGCUCGGGGCUGGGCGGCAGCCUGGAGCUCUACUCCCCGCCGCGCAGGCAGCCGGCCACCUCCUCCCGCAGUGUCCCGAGCUCGCCGGAGUCGCCUCCGGGUGGCCCGGAGCGGCGCCCGCCAUCGCCGGGGGCUGACAGCAGCGCCAGGGAAGGGGCAGCUGCAGGGUCCCGUCCCAAAGGCACGGGAAGGAGCGGCCAGCCGGGCACGGGGUUGGAAAAGUCCGGCAGGGUUUCGAGGGCACCGGUGUGGAGACCCUCCUGGGCACAAGCUCCCCUGUCCCCACAGAAAGCCACGUCCCCUCCUCAGGCGGCGCUGCCGGCCGGUAACAGCGAGCCAUGGCACUCUGCACCCUACGAUGGUGCCAGUUCUGAUGAACCAUGUGAUGAUCUAAGGAGAGAUUCAACAAAAGGAAGGUUGUGUUGUCAGAGAGGCAAAGCCAAGAAGUACCAGCUUACGCCAGUGGUAGUCUUGGACCCUCAAGAAGUGCCAAUGUGGCUGACAAGCACGAAACGCAACAAAAAGGCAGAUAUUCAGCCUGCCUGCCAGCAGCCAGUAUCUCCUUUGGGCCUUCAAGCCAUCUCGGAGAAUAAACAUAAAAGUACCCAGGUCAUUUCUGGAGGGGGAAGUACCUGUAGAAAAGCUUGCAUCAGUGGCUUCAGUGCCAGCCGGUGGGGGAAGCAAACAAGGCUCCGUCCAAAAAGGCACAGAAAUAAGAGACAGCAGCAGCCUAAUAACUCAUUUUUCAGACCACAGGUGAGGCAAAAAGGAAUGAAGAAGGGUGUGUUGGAGAUGCCUGUAGAUGUAAGAAACAAUGGCUGUUCAUUACCCAAUAGCUCCCAUUCCUGGGGUAGAGUUCGAGCAUCUUUGUCAUUCCAUAAGAAGAAGAAAGUUACCAUGGAAGAGAGUUUCUACAACAGCAUCCUUUGUACCCCUUCUAUGAAAUUCCAGCUUUCAGGGCACCAGUUGACCCAAUCUGGUGGUAUGGCGCAGUGCAGCACUUGGUCUGCUUCCUCCAUGGUACUGUUGGCUCCCAGCAAUUCCUGUUCUGUCCUGGAGCUAAUGCUUACAGACGCAGAGAAGGUGUUUGGGGAAUGCCAGCAAGAGAGGCCUAUUACUUUUGAGGAAUGCAUUCCUUUGGAUAAGAUGAAAGAUUGCAAGAAAAUUGGAGAAGGGGUCUUUGGAGAGGUCUUCCAGAUCGACAGUGAGAGAGGACCUGUGGCCUUAAAAAUAAUUCCCAUUGAGGGGACUGAAAGAGUAAAUGGUGAAGCUCAAAAGAGCUUUGGAGAGAUUCUGCCUGAGAUCAUAAUUUCGAAAGAACUCAGUCUUCUGUCGGAAGAGUCUGUGAAUAGGACUGUUGGGUUCAUCAGCUUGUACUCUGUGCACUGUGUCCAAGGGGCCUAUCCUGAGUAUCUCCUGGAAGCCUGGGACAAAUACCACAAAGUAACGGGAUCAGAAAAUGAUCGGCCAGACCUUUUUGGGGACGAACAGCUCUUCAUUGUUCUGGAGUUUGAAUUUGGAGGCAGUGACUUGGAGAAUAUGAGAAACAGGUUCAGUUCGGUGGCAUCAGCAAAAAGCGUUUUGCACCAGGUCACUGCUUCCCUGGCUGUGGCAGAGCAGGAACUGCACUUCGAGCACAGAGACUUGCACUGGGGGAACGUGCUGGUAAAGAAAACGGAUGAAAAGGAGCUUACUUAUGUGUUGAAUGGGACAAAGCACACAAUCCCCACAGCAGGGAUUCAUGUCAACAUCAUAGAUUACACCUUGUCGCGGCUGGAGAAGGACGAGUUAACUGUGUUUUGUGACCUUUCCACUGAUGAAGAACUCUUUCAAGGCACGGGGGACUACCAGUUUGAUAUCUACAGGCAAAUGAAAGCAGAGAAUGCCAACAGCUGGACGGACUAUCACCCACACAGCAACGUCCUCUGGCUGCACUACUUGUCAGAUAAAUUUUUGAAACACAUGGGCUACAAGAAAAAGGAAUCAACUGCUUCCAUGAGGAAAAUAAAGAAGCAGCUCAUUAAGUUCCACAAAGAAGUCCUGAGCUUUGAGUCCGCCAAUGACGUUUUACAGAACAGCAGCCUCUUCCAGUGAGCGCGGGACUGUGAUGUUGCCAAGGACUAAGUCACUGAUACUGCCUUUCCCCUUUGCUCUUUUUUAUGUAUGACCUUUUUAAAUGUCGGCACAAUGAAGAAAUGUUAUGAUCGGUUACCAAUGUGUAUAAUAUGUAUAUGUUAUCAAAAAUGUCUAAAAAAAAAAAAACCAAACAAAAAAAACCCCAAAACACCCAAACCCCCAGAGUCUUCUGCUUUUAAGAUGUUUACAUAUGUACUUUUUUUGAGGGGUGAUGGGCAGGGAGAGAACAGAAUUGACGUUUGAGAAGGGGAGGAAAAGGAUGCUUUUGUGUUCAAGUCAUGUUUCGAAUUCCACAGAAGUUUUCUUACCAUUUUAGUCUUAGAUUAUUAAGAGUUUUUUCCUUACUAUAUUGUCUUUAAAGAAAAAAAAGAAAAAAAUCUGGGCAGUGAGGACAAAGGUAAAUAUACUUAGCCCAGUUGGGGACAGAGAGCAGGGGAAAAAAACAUCUUUUGACUUACUUUUAAAAAUGAACUCUUGUUCAGUUUGGCAAAUUUUUUACCUGGAAUGAUGCUACAAAAUGUCAAUAUGUAAUGUUUCUGCAGUGUGGGCUUUAAAAAUGCUCUAAUCUGCAAUAAUAUGCUUUUUUUUUUCCUCUGUAAGGACCAGUGAAGAGGUAUUGGA